AUGAAUCUAUUAAUUUUGUUACUAAUAUCCUUUGCCACAGCUAGUUACAUACAUCAUCCUGACCGUUAUAAUAUGGUGCAACAAGGAUCAUUCAAAUCACACAAUGUGAAACCUGGAAGCAUCAUAUGGAUUCAGAAAAGGGAUUUAUUAUCAUUAGGUGAUCAAAAGUUUCAACUCUUGAAUAAUGAGUUAUUAAUGCAAAAACAAGAUCCAUUUGAAAAGGUAUCCUAUGAAAAGUCAACUCCCGUACUUGAGCAAUGUAGAAAGGAUUCUUACGUUAUCGAAUCGAAACAAGAACUUUAUGCUUUACAGAAUGCAUGUCAGAAGUUAAUGGGGUCUAUUCAUAUUUCCAAUUAUGAUAGUUCUGAUGUUGAUUUUGGUAAUAUCGAAGAAAUUGAAGGUAGCAUACAAAUUGAGGAGAAUUCUAAUAUUGUCAAUAUAAAUGCUCCACAUUUAAAAAAGAUUAAAGACACUUUUGUUUUACAAAGUUUGACCUCAUUGGUAUCAUUGAAUAUACCAGAACUUGUGUCCGUUAAAGUCAUCGAUUGGAAAGUGGUACCAAUUUUAAAUUAUGUGCAAUUGAAUAAAGAAAUAACUGAAAUCGAAAGUAUUACAAUUUCAGAUACUUCAUUAUCAUACAUUGACGGAUUUGAUAACAUAGAAAAGAUUAGCACUUUUAACAUUAAUAACAACAGAUUCUUAGAGACAAUUAAGACAAAUCUAAAAGAAGUUACUGAACAAUUUACAAUCCAUGCUAACUCGAGAGAACUAGAAUUAGAAAUGCCUGAGUUACAAUAUGCUAAAAAUAUAACCGUUAGAGAUACCUCUAAGGUAUCAUUCCCAAAAUUAGAAAAGGUCACAAGCUCAAUGGAGUUUAUUGAAAACAUUUUUACUGAUUUGGAAAUUCCAACUUUAACUUCGGUGGGAGGAACCGUAGGUAUCAUCGAUAAUCCAAACUUAUCUAAUGUAGAUUUAAGUGGAAUUACUUUCAUCAACGGUGGUCUAAUGGUCACAAAAAAUGAUAAAUUGACAAACCUCAGCUUUUUACCCAAAUUGAAACAGAUUGGCGGUGCUAUUCAUUUUGAAGGCAAAUUUCAAGAAACUGAUUUCCCAGACUUGAAAUUAGUGAAAGGAAGUGCAUAUAUUAACAGUAACUCAGAUCAGCUCGACUGUGAUACUUGGACUACACCAGUUAGUGGUAGAUCAAUCAUUAGAGGAGGUAAAAUCGAGUGUAUAUCGGGAAAGAAACAAAAAUCCUUAAGUGUUAAUGAAGAUGGUGAAGUCAUAAAGGGAAGUGAAAAGAGUACUAAUAAUGAUGAGAAAGAUAAAUCAAAAGAUUCUGGCGAAUCCAGUGGUAAAAAACCAGGUUAUUUCUCUAGAAUUAAAAAUGACUCUACAAGUUAUUCAAAUCAAUUCUCAUAUUUCCAUUUAGCUGUCUCAGUAAUUUUCUGUUCAUCUAUGUUAUUACACAUUUAA